AUGUCCUCCUCCUACUUCAACUCCUUCCUCCCCACCUACACCUACACCCCCACCCUACCCACCUGCCUCACCCCCGAAGUCAUCACCUUCCUCACCCUCCUCCCCCUCCUCACCCACACCCUGCGCACCCUCCUCACCUCCACCACCACCCGCCUCAACCGCCCCUGGCCCCGCCUCUUCCUCACCUGGUCCACGCUCUCCGCCCUCAUCAUCGGCGAAACGACACGACCACCCCUAUCCACCUCCACAGCGUCGUGCACCACGCAGCGCACCGCCGUCCCCGCCUCCACCGCCCUCCUCGUGGCCGCGACGGUGCCGCUCUUCCUGCUGCUGCUGGACGAAGGCGUCGCGUGGACCGCGCGGCGGCAGCGGCGCUGCGCCGCGGUGCGGCAUCCGCUGGCGCGGUGGGGGGAGGGCGUGGUGACGGUGGCGGUGGGGUUCGAUGUCUUGUUCGUGGUGAUGGCGGCGGUGGUGGGGGUGUGGUUUCGGCCGGCGGUGGCGGCGGAAGAAGGGCAGCAGCAGCAGCAACAACGACAGGCGGUGGUGGUGGGGGGGCAUUAUCCGAGAGGGUGCUGCUACGAGGAGAGGAAGAGUUGUUGUUAUGCGCGGCGCGGCGGCGGCGAGUACGGCUGCUCGUACCUGGGGUGGCACGAGAGGCAGAUGGUGUUGGCGCUGAUGCAGGGCGAUUUGCAGAAGGCGGCGGGAUGCGUGAUCGCGGUUGUUAUGCUGGUGCUCGGAUGGCACCUGGCGCACAAGGUGUACGGCGUGGAGCCGGAUCCGCUUGACCUGCCUAUGCUCGGCGAGCGGGCGAGAAGGGAUGGCUUGCGGCGGCGGCGGCAAUACGGGGAGGUGGUGGAUGAGAGGCCGUGGGAUGAGUCUGUUAGGAUUGGUGUUGUUCAGUUCGCGCUCGAAUUCUGUUUCUUGGUGUGGUCGUUGGUUUGGGUGGAGGGAGCUGCCUCGUGA